UUAAAGCGCUCGCGUGACGAGUGGGAUCAGUGACACUAACUGGCUGAUCAUACAGAGCCUUCGGAGAAUUAAACAAGCAGGUGACACAGUGGCUUCAUGCAAGAGUCUGAUACGGUGGUUUUUUAUGGGAAGAUAUAUUAUUUCUUCGGUCAAAUACAGUGUCUGACCGCUCCUUCGGUUUUUUUUUUUUUUUUAAAUAGCCAAAACAGUCCGCGUACAGUCACCAAUGAGCUUAAGGAAGUGUUUGCUGUUUGUCCUCUUGGCAAUAUUCUUUCGCUUGGUAGGAAACCAGGCCGAGCAUGGACAGCCCGUGCAGCGGGUGCAGGUGAAGGUGAAGGUGGGGGACACGGCUGUUUUGCCCUGCAAUGUCUCGGCGCACAUGAACGGUGAAACAGAGGACAACUUGUACAUCCGGUGGGUCACUAAUGAUCUGAGUUCUAAUUAUGUCUGUGAGUUCACCAAGGGAAAAUCCCACCCUCAUGAUGACUACCGCAACCGAACUGAGAUAUCCAAGGAGAAGAACUCAAAGCAUCUGUACCACCUCAUCAUUAACAAAACCAGAUUAUCGGAUGAGGGAGAGUACCAUUGUAAAUUGGGAAAGCCAGGGAAACCUGGUGAAGAUGCCGCAAGUGUUCAGCUUAUCGUUCAAGGCCGUGAAGAAAAUGUUUCCGUUGUUUUCGGGGAAACGUUGGCGAUACGCCUGCCUGUGACGGGAAACGCGAGAGUCCGGUUCGCGCCGGCGUCAAGCUCCACCGAGGCCGACGUGUGCACUGUGCGGCAGAACACGCUAACACCAGCCAAUGCGUACGCAUCGCGCGCGGCGCUCGAGAACAACGCGCUACGGCUGGAUCGUGUCACGUUCGCAGAUGAAGGCAGCUACUCCGUCAUCGACGUUGCCACGGGACGCGUCAUGAAGACCGCUGUGCUGGCGGUGGAAGGUCUGGUGAAGAAUCGCGAACUGCACGAAGGCGAGAACCUCUCCAUUCCUCUCUGCUGCUUGAGCUCACCCUACAUCGAGUUCUGUGGACCGGCAGGGAACUCCACUGCGGACGGAGUGUGCCAGGGGCACGUGGAGAGGCUUACUGUGCAGAACGGAUCCCUGACACUGAGCAACUUCACUGCAAAGGAUAAGGGGAAGUACAUUGUACGGGAGAAAAUGGGAGGAGUCGUCCUGACCCUGACCCUCACUCUCAAAACCAAAGCCAUACCUGUUGGAACCCAAAGAACAGACCGGCGCUUGAUUGUUGGGGUAAUAGCAGGAAUAUUACCACUAAUACUAGUGGUUAUUUCAGUGUAUGCUUAUAAAUGGUGCACCAAAAGAAAGAUGGAGCGGGAAACGAGGAGGAGAGCAGAGCAGACUGAAGAGCAGUUCCCCUUAAGUGAGAUUAAGUCAUUUGCGGACGUGGAGGAGAAGUGAAGACGUCUGUCCUCGUCGUCAGCGGUUAUGCUGGUCAGCAGGGAUCCGCUGUGGUGAUUUCGUUGCUCGUGUCCCAGGACAAGGUGAAAGGUCACCGCCAUCUUGUGUGUGUGAUGCCGUGGGUGCGACCCAAAACUGAAAAAAAUGCAUCCUCCUUUCCUCCACCACCUCAUCAUCUCCUCCCUGCCCCAGAAACCGUUCUGUGUGUCCUUCCCACCUCCAGUGUCCCAGUAUUGGAGGAGACGAGCGAAGCGGCCUCAAACUGGGCUCCUCACCUCCUCCGGACAAAAGAUUCAUCGAUGCAUCCUAUCACAGAAGUCUUUUCACAUUUCUGGGCGACAUCAUCGCGCUCAUGCCCACUUAGAUGGAAAUCCCAUCCCUCAGGAUCUGACAUAACGUUAACUUUUAAAAGCAGAGGCGGUGGAGAACUUGAAUUUUCUACUAAAAUUUUCACCAAAUUUGUGCCUCAAUAGGUUAUUAUGACACAAAAUUCCAGUUCAUUUCAUGGUCUAGACAGUGGAGUAUAAUGGGUAAGGAGCUGGUUUUGUAACCUGAAGCUUGCAGGUUUGAUUCCUGUGUGGGGCACUGCUGUUGUACUCUUGAGGAAGGUACUUAACUACUGGAUAAGCUGCCUGUAAUGACUCUUAUUCUACAAAUUCACCAAGACAGGGAAGCUGUUUUUUUAAAUCUGCGUCUACGUGAAUUUUGUUUAAAAGAACAUGACUCUAAAUAUAAAUAAGCUACUGUUAUUUCAGUAUAUGAAUAUGCAUUAUAGUGGAGAAGUAUUGGGACGCACCCCGUGAAUACCUGAUACCCUCCCCGCUGCCUGCUCCACUGCAGUGGGAUAUCACAUACUUGUUCUCUGUGAAAGAGCUCCCCCUACUGGCUGACCAAUGUAACCUCCAGGUUCCCAUAAGCAUCCAGGUGUAAACAUUACGUUACAUAACAUAGUGUUAUGGGCAUUCUCCAGAGGUUUCAUAUUUGCACAACACUUUUUUUGUUGCAUUUUUGCAUAGUGUCCAUUUGUAAGGCUGGGUAUUGAAUCAAGCUGCCAGCAGUAUCCUGUCUGGGAAUCAAACCUGCAACCUUUAGGCUACAUGGCCAGUUCCGUCACUGUGAUACCCACUAAUGUUUCUAACUUUACAAGUACCAAACAGAACAUGGCUGUCCUUUCAUUUUCACCCUUAAAUGGCUGCUUCUGUUAAUCGACCAGUUUUUUAAAAUCUUGUUCUCCUAUGUGCGUACCUCUAUAUCGGCUCAGCCACAGUGCAUGCAUGGUGGGGGCAGGGUUAGGGUUAGGUGUGCAGUACGUUGCCAUGGCUCCCAGGCUGUCCUCGAUGUGCCUGAUCCCCGCUCUGAACAAGAGCAUCUGCCAAGUGUUUAUAUUGUAAUGUGCCAUGAAUUCAGGGCAAAUACAAUGGUGCAAUAUCAUAGUUCUAUUUUUACAUUAUAUUUAACAUUUAUAUAUUUCAUAUUA